UGUCAAACGAGGCUUCCUGUGCUGAGCUCUGCCGAACACUCGUUCACUUUGUUCGAAUCCGUCGCCGCUUAGACUUCGUGAUUUCUCAUUCAGCUUAUUCGAGACCAUCGUGUAAUCAUCCAACAUGGGCAAGGAAAAGAUUCACAUCAACAUUGUCGUGAUCGGACACGUCGAUUCCGGUAAGUCGACCACCACCGGACACUUGAUCUACAAGUGCGGUGGUAUCGACAAGCGUACCAUCGAGAAGUUCGAGAAGGAGGCCCAGGAGAUGGGAAAGGGAUCCUUCAAGUACGCCUGGGUUUUGGAUAAGUUGAAGGCUGAGCGCGAGCGUGGUAUCACCAUCGAUAUCGCCCUGUGGAAGUUCGAGACUGCCAAGUACUACGUGACCAUCAUUGAUGCCCCCGGACACAGGGAUUUCAUCAAGAACAUGAUCACUGGUACCUCGCAGGCCGAUUGCGCCGUGCUGAUUGUCGCCGCCGGAACCGGAGAAUUCGAGGCCGGUAUCUCGAAGAACGGCCAGACCCGCGAGCACGCCCUGCUCGCCUUCACCCUGGGUGUGAAGCAGCUGAUCGUUGGUGUGAACAAGAUGGACUCGUCCGAGCCCCCAUACAGCGAGGCCCGUUAUGAGGAAAUCAAGAAGGAAGUGUCCUCUUACAUCAAGAAGAUCGGCUACAACCCAGCCGCCGUUGCCUUCGUGCCCAUUUCCGGAUGGCACGGCGACAACAUGUUGGAACCCUCUACCAACAUGCCCUGGUUCAAGGGAUGGAAGGUGGAGCGCAAGGAGGGUAACGCUGACGGCAAGACCCUGAUCGAUGCCCUCGAUGCCAUCCUUCCCCCAGCCCGUCCCACCGACAAGGCCCUGCGUCUGCCCCUGCAGGAUGUGUACAAAAUUGGCGGUAUUGGAACAGUACCCGUGGGCCGUGUGGAGACUGGUGUGCUGAAGCCCGGUACCGUUGUGGUCUUCGCCCCUGCUAACAUCACCACUGAGGUCAAGUCCGUGGAGAUGCACCACGAGGCCCUGCAGGAGGCCGUUCCCGGAGACAACGUUGGCUUCAACGUCAAGAACGUGUCCGUGAAGGAGCUGCGUCGUGGCUACGUUGCCGGUGACUCCAAGGCUAACCCCCCCAAGGGAGCCGCCGACUUCACCGCCCAGGUCAUCGUGCUGAACCACCCCGGUCAGAUCGCCAACGGCUACACCCCCGUGUUGGAUUGCCACACCGCUCACAUUGCUUGCAAGUUCGCUGAGAUCAAGGAGAAGGUCGACCGUCGUUCCGGCAAGACCACCGAGGAGAACCCCAAGUUCAUCAAGUCUGGCGAUGCUGCCAUCGUCAACCUGGUGCCCUCCAAGCCCCUGUGCGUGGAGGCCUUCCAGGAGUUCCCCCCUCUGGGUCGCUUCGCUGUGCGUGACAUGAGGCAGACCGUGGCUGUCGGUGUCAUCAAGGCUGUCAACUUCAAGGAUGCCUCCGGUGGCAAGGUCACCAAGGCCGCCGAGAAGGCCACCAAGGGCAAGAAGUAGCUGGUUUGCUUCCACUCCACAACAACAACAACACGCAGUAGUAGCAACAACAACAAGCAUAUAACCAACAUCAUAAUGCAGCCAACAACACCACUCAAUAAUACCAGCAACAGCAGCAGCGAACACAAUAGUAGUAUAACACCAACACCUGUCCUGCGCAUGAUGACCGAUAAGAUGAUGUUCCAGCAGAAGCAUAAGUUUAAUUUCUUCCAUCGAAAGGAGUUUCGACGGAUACGAAUGCUAAAUGCAGACGAGGCCGCCUAAAUUGGGAAACGGUGGAUCCCAAGGAUAAGAGUGCACACUGGGAAAAACACUUGCAUUUACGCAUCCACUCCUCCAUCCACUUCCCCGUCGAUCUUUAGUUUACUACAUAUGAUAUGAUACACGGAGUUGUUGACUUCAUUAUAUCAUAUAUAGGAAUCCUCUGUAGCAUUUAUGAUAUCGUUUAAAUUAACCUUUAUACUUUGAUAUGUAUCAUUUAUCUUACCCUACUUUUGCACACACUACUUUGUACACAAGAAAAGAACCAGAAUAGAAGCGAUAACUAUAUUUACAAAAAAAAUAAAAACCCUAUUUUUGUA